UCCACUGUGUGUGUGUGUGCGCGUGGGUGUGGCUUUGGGGGGGUGGGUGACAAAAAGAGGAAGUUUUAGUGAGAGAGUAAAAAAGGGAUUCACCGGCGGUGAUAGAAAAUGGAAGUGCCGGUGAGAUAUUUCUUGUUUUCCCGGUGAUAUUGCCGUUUCGAUCUCACUUUCCGGCCAAAACUUAUCAUUUCCCAAGUGAUAAACAAGUUCGGGUCUGACCCGAUUGCAGAAAAUGGUCCUUUAGUCUUCUAAAAUCCCAAUUUUGCCCUCAUCAAUCAUGAGUUGAUUAAAAAACUUGAUUUUAAUUUAAAGAAUUUUUCAUGUUACUAGACCCUUUAAAGUGUUUGAUGCUUUCCGAGUGAGUUUAUAAGAAGAUAUUUGGAAUUUGUAGUUGAAUUUUAGUCCAAUUCACUAAUUCGGGUCUGACCCGACUGCAAUAAUGGUCCUUUAGUCUUCUAAAAAUUCCAAUUUUGCCCUCAUCAAUCAUGAGUUGAUAAAAAAAAAACUUGAUUUAAAGUUAGUGAUUUCUCAUAUUAUUAGACCUUUUGAACUGUUUGAUGUUUUCUGAAGACUGGUUUGAAAUUUGAAGCUUUUUCAUGUAAAGGGGUUGUGUUUUGAUGAUUGAAUUAUGCAAAGCUGUUUGCUUUUUUGCUCUUUUGAUAAUUAAAAAAAAGUGAAACUUUCUCCUCCAUACCAUAUUUUUAUUGUACCAAUGGAUUAAACAUUUGUUGAAUUUUUAUUCUGGGGCUUGAAUUUGAAUUUUUGAUUUAUUUCCUUCAGUCUACUCUCAGUUUUAGAGCUUGAAGUUUGAAUCUUUUUGGUGAAGUUUGUUCAACUUUGGUCAUUUGUUGAAUCCCUUCUGGAUGAAAUGACUGUUUCUUGAUUUAUUUAUUUCAAUUUCAGAGCUUAAAGUUUGAAUCUUUGUUGUGACACUUGCUCAUAUUUGAUCAUUUCUAGAACCCCUUUUGGAUGAAACGGCUGUUUCUUGAUUUAUUUCCUUCAAGCCACUCUCGGUUUCCUUCAACUUCAGAGCUCAAAGUUUGAAUCUUUUUUUGUGAAAUUUGCUCAUAUUUGCUCAUUUCUAGAGCCUCUUUUGGUUGAAAUGGCAGUUUCUUUGACUCGUUUAUCAUGGUGGUGGUGGGGUGGGAAAGAGAAAGAACCAGUGUCUAAUGGUUCUUCUUCAAUGAAUCCAUUGCAAGAUUUUGGAUUUGGUUUGAAGGAACAAGGUGAUAGUUUGAAGUUUAAGUCAGUGAGGGGAGCUAAUAAUGUGGCCUCCUCAACUACUAGGAAAGUGAAGAGGAAAUGGAAGAGUAGAGAGGAGAGGAUUAAGAGGGUUGAUAAGAAGUAUGAUGUAGUGUUGGUGCCAUCGGAUGGUGUUUGUUUAUCAGGUUCUGAAUCCGAUGACUCGGACUGGUCAAUCGGGUGGCUGGAACCACAUGCCCCUGAUUUCCAGAAUGAUGAUGAGGCUGAUGACAGUUUUGCUGUGCUGGUUCCUUGCUACAGGCAUGAUUGUAUUAGAGAAAUAGAAGAGCCAAACAAUCAGUUUUUAAGCGCCAUUGAGAACCUUUCAAAUGAGUAUUCUGCUGAGGGUAAGAAAUACAUGGAGCAAUGGCUAUCUUCUCUUCAGAAUUUUUGAAUCUAGUGCAUCCGGUCGUUGUUCUGCAUGUUAGGAAAUUUCCGAAGCAGGAGCUAUCUUUUAGUUUACGAGGAAGUAAGUGCAAGUUCUGAAUUAAUAUUGAAUAGUACUGGCAGCAGGUCAGCAUUUUCAUUUGCGAGAGAAAUAAUCAAGUUUAUCGUGGCAGUGAUCUUUGGUUAGAAGCUCACAAAUACAAACCAUUGUCAUCUUCAAACUUUUGGAAUUGAUCAGCUUCUGUUCUGGCUUGGG